UUGACAAUGUCGGCAUUAUAGCCGUUAUGUUUGAUUUGAUCCUUACCUUUUGAAACAUAAACGACGAAAUGAUAUAUUCCUUAUAUAUACGCUAAGAUUUAGCGGUGUAUUUAUGAAUAAAAUGCUAUUUUCAUGCCUGUUGUUUACUUGUUUUUGUUUGCUACGUCAUAGCGCGUGACAUAGUACCAUACGUCGUCUGUAAGUCUGCCAAAAGCCGAAAUGGAACCAAAAAGGCGAAAACAAAAUUGGAACCCGGCAGCUCUCGGUGUUUUAAUUGUGGGGGUUGAAAAGAAUUAUGGGAUUCUGAAAGGAAAAUUAAGCAGCAGUUUGACUAGGUCAUCAAAAGACGGAGUAUGGGAGAAUAUUUGUACAAAAGUGAACAGCGUUUCCUCGGAGAACAGGAGUAUUGAAGACAUAAAGAAAAAAUGGAGUGAUUACAGUAGCGGGCUAAAGAAGAAGGAAGGCGCCAGGAGGAGAGAGAUGACAGGCGGGGGCGAUGCUCCGCCAGAUCUAACGGACAUGGAACAAAAGGUGAUUAACAUCAUUGGAGACGUGGCCAUUGACGGUGUUAUUGGCGGUAUUGACACUAUGGACUAUACAUGCACUCCAAAUACCAAAAAAAGUGCUAAAGUAUCGGCCAACGAGGAAUUAUUAUCCAUAGAAAGAGAGCGACUUUUAACAGAGAAAGAAAGAUUGUUGAUAGAGAAGGAAAAUAUGAAAAUAAACAAAGAGAGACUAGAGGUGGAGAAAGAAAGGCUUAAUUUAGCAAAACGAAAGUAUUCAGUUCGAUCCCAUUACACAUUCGAUGAUGAGAUUGAGAUGUUCCCUAUGGUAUAA